UUUGAUUCUGUUUGAAAUAACUAAUUAAUGCCUGUUGCUGUGUGUGGUGAGGCAAGCUGUAGUGAAACCCGGUGUGGUCCAUGCCCUCACAUGAGUCUUACCCCUUCUCAUUGCAGGUUACAUCCAGGCCUGCAGAGGACUGAUGAUCUCCGCUGUCUGUCUGGGUUUCUUUGGUUCUAUUUCUGGACUGGUUGGGAUGAAGUGCACAAAAAUCGGCGGCUCUGAUAAAAAUAAAGCAAGAAUAGCUUGUUUAGCUGGACUGAUUUUCAUACUGUGUGGGCUGUGCUCCAUGACUGGUUGUUCCCUGUAUGCACACAGGAUUACGUCUGAGUUCUUUGAUCCUUCUUUUGUUGCACAAAAGUAUGAAUUAGGAGCAGCUUUAUUCAUUGGAUGGGCUGGAGCUUCACUCUGCAUCAUUGGUGGCAGUAUAUUCUGCUUCUCAAUAGCUGAGAACAGUAAAUCUCCAAGGAGAGCGUAUGCAUAUAAUGGAGCCGCAUCUGUGAUGUCGUCUCGUACAAAGAUUCACAACAGUGUCCCAGACCAAACCUCACCAAAGCACUUUGACAAGAACGCUUAUGUUUAAGUGUACUUUUCUAAGAUACAAAGCCAGUUUUAAAAAUGAGUUUGUAUGUUUCAUUCAGGGUGAUUUCCCCCCCCACCUCCCCCAAAACACAAUGGAAUUACCACUAAGACAAUGAAUUUGUAAGGUAUUAUCUUGCAGCUUUUUCCACGUUGAUGUAAAUUUUAUUAUAUUUUAAGAUUGAUGUUUGUAUUAUGAAGUUUAUACCUGCAAAUCACGCGUUGAUGCUGCUUUCUAAAAAAAAAUAAAGAAGGUAUUUACAGA